UGUUUGUUGCUUUGCUGGCUUGUAAGCACCACGUCCCUGAGAAAGCGCAAAGAGAGAACCAACCAGAAGUUGAAGGACUUUCAAAACUGCCGCGCUAAACAAAGGAAGCAACCAAAACUCCCAAAGGAAGGCUCCACCUCACCAUAAAAACCAUUCUUUCAAGAUGCGGCAAGAGAAGACAGCCACAAAACCAGAUAAGUCAAGGUUGACAACGCCCCUGUCAACAGCACAAUCACCUCGGACUGAACCACAACAAGAGAAGAAAAGCGGAAAUCGGAGGGCCACCAUGGACCCUUGUCGAAUCCGAUCGUACCUACAAGUCGCCUGCGCUGGUCUUGGUUUUGAGAUUGGUGAAAUCUGGUGGACGGCCAACGAGCAUGGCUCUUCAACACUCGCUGCGAUUGAGGAACGACCUACCGAGUCUGUAACCGACCACAAUGGCGCGAUCGUCCCGGCAAACAAGAGCGAGAAGAAGCUUCGCUUUGUCCAGCUCUACACGUCCAAGUCUUACGCGAACCGUCGCUCCAUGCUUGUUACUCCUCCGGAUGACGACGAAGACGAAGAUCACGUUCACUGUCCCCAUGACCACAACCACGACCAUGAAUGCACUGCUGCCGAUUUGGAAAAGCACAAGCUCUCGCCUCGCUUGGUCGACGCCAUCUCUCAGACCGCGCAAGUUGUAUGGGCCAACACACUCAAGCAGGAAGGUCUGACCGGACGCUCUGACAUCCCUCUUCACACCGCCGUCGGAAUGCCAGUGGCUCUCGAUGCCGACGGAAAUAUGUGCGUUGUGGUGAUGUUCUCUCCCAACAAUAUACCGAACACCGACGAAGCGAUGGAGUAUCUUCAGCUCAUCAGUCGCAGUGCUACUUCUUCCAACAUCCCCUGCUUGAUGCCCGCCUUUGAACGCACGGACAACAUCCAGCACGUCCCUACUUCAGGAUCCAAGAGCGCCAUCCGAGGGCACAUCAUGCCGCAAGAAACGUCCUCGUUUGGGGAAGGAGUCACUGCAAAGUUCGUCUCUAUCGAGGAUGCUGAUUCGAACGGGGCCAGCAAGAGCCACGACUUAGCCAGUGCUCCCAAAGACUGCUUUGGAAUUCCCAUGUUGCCUACUUUCGCUGAACUUGGAGACAACACCACACACACCGUUCCUCCUGGAAACCACAUUCAGAAUGGAAGAGCGUCGCCAGCUUUUGAAGAGGUUUUCGACGAGGCUUCUUACGGUGUUUGGCAUACCAUCAUGCAGGAUCGCCCUCCAAUUGCUUCUUCUCCGUCUCCGUCGCACUAUCACGUGGAAGAAGACCCCGUUGAUAUCCCGGUAGAGAAUGGCCUUCCCGUUGGUCUUAACGAAGGCGUACCGAACCCAGCCGAGGACUACAACAUUGAUCCGAAGUCCCUCGUGACGACCAACAAACGAACCAUGGAUCCAAAACGCAAGGAGCGAUUGGACGAGUUUUGUUCCGCUUUCUUGGGCAUGUCUGUUUUUGAUAUUGCUGAUGUUUGGAUCCCCGCUGGACCCGAACGCCCGGACUGCCUAAGCCAUGUCACUUCCAUCACCUCUUCCAAUCAAAGCAACGCCCUGAUGGAUUUCAAACGAGUGUCGGGAUACACGCUCGUCAAAUUCUGGUCCGGGGCUGUAGGCCGUGCCUACUCAUCGGGGAACCCUGUUUGGAGUUGCAAUCCGGACGUGUACAUUGACAAGGGACGAUCCCAGGUUUUCGAAAAGGCUAAUAUCAUGACGGCCUUUGCCGUCCCUAUCCAGUCCGGAAAGAGAGCCACCCCCGUCGGCGUUGUCUGCUUUUACUCCAUGAUCCAGACGGGCUCAGUUCCGUUUGUUCUGCGAUUCGUCCAGCAAGCGCUUCAUUUGCUGUGGUCGGGAUUGGAAAAGGUAGAACCGCACAAGAGCGUUGGCCAAGAAAUGUGGCAAGACGUGGGACCUGCCGAUCUUGGAGAAAUGGCCGCCGACGUCGAAAUGCAGCACCAUUUCAUGAGUAAGAAGCGCCCUCAUCAUACCAUCUCUAGCCAACCGGCACCAGAAUACGUUGCCCCCGAUCCAACCACAGCACCACUGUCUGCGCAGUUCAAGGUCAUCGAUUUUCACAGAGACGACCCAGCCGCUGCCCCAGCCCAGACAAACUUUCAUUUUUCAACGGUGGCGAAUCACAAUCCUCCAUCGUCGCCCUUUUUUACUACUAUCGAAGAAGAGAAGCGAGAAGAGAUCCCAGAGUUGAUCAAUUUUCAUAGGUUUCAACAAGAACAACCGCCUGAGAGACGAGUCUCGGUUCAAGCCAUGCAGGCAUUUCAGAAUCACAUCAAGGAUGCAGUUCGUCAAGUGGGUGCGGCGUUGCCAUUCACUCACAGCCACAUCGCGACGACCGCUGAUGGGAGCAAGCGAGCGCACGUGGCUCACCCCACGUCGACAGUCUCGAACCUUCAACCACAGACACAGCGAAAGCAGCGAAAACCAACCCCGGCACCUUUGGCCAUGCCACUCGCUUUGCCAACUCAUGUUGUCAAAGUAGACCACCAUGUUCAUCGCCGCACCAGCAACGAUCAUGCUCCCCCCAUCCAUAUGCAGAAUGCUUCUCCGCAGAAUACCAGGAAUCUGGUUUUGACGCCUGCUCCUUCUCCUACCUACGUGCCGCCACCAUCCCCAGCUCCGGCGCCACAGUUUACGCAGCACAAUCCAGUGCACACUCUCCCUGCCCCUAGCCCCCCUGCGCCGGCUCCGUCCAGACUGUCUCAGAACCUUUUGAGUCAAGGAAUGCUGCAGAACAUUGCAAACCAGCAGUAUCAGUUUGCCUCUGCGAGCACCGCCCAGCCUCCAGCAAGCACACCGCAGUAUGCUGCUCCCGUCGCGCCAACUCCAGCCGGCAUGACCUCGGCCGUUCAUUGCACUGCCUCCGCUCCAUAUGUCCCCCAGCAGCAACCACCGCAGCAAACGUAUUGUAUGCCUGCGUCUUCGAAUUACCCAAUGCCGGAUGCUGCACGUUCGACGCCUCCCAUGGCCACCACAUCUACCGCUCCAAGUGCUGCUUGCAAGGGCAAAGUGUGCCGAAUCCAGGGUUGCGGGGAAGGUGCCGUGGCUCGUCGUCCCUACUGUGCUCGCCACAGUGGGAAUCGACUUUGUGAACACGAGGGAUGCACCAAAUGCGCUCAAGGUUCUACGAGAUUCUGCAUUGCCCAUGGAGGAGGCCGCCGUUGCACCUUCGCUGGCUGCGAUAAGGGAGCAAGAGACAAGUUCUUUUGUGCUGCGCAUGGUGGGGGCAAGCGAUGCAAAUUUGAUGGCUGCAACAAGUCGGCUGUUGGUGGAUCGAGUUUGUGUACGGCUCAUGGUGGCGGUCGUCGUUGCGCUGUCGACGGUUGCGACAAGUCGGCUCAGUCUUCCACUAAGUUUUGUGUCAAGCAUGGGGGAGGCAAGAAAUGCUGCUUUGAAGGAUGCGAAAAGGUCGCGCGUGGACGUACACAGUAUUGUGCAGCGCAUGGUGGCGGUGUGCGAUGCAAGUUGGACGGCUGCAACCGUGUGGCAAUUGGCAAGAUGCAGUUGUGUCGAGCUCAUGGCGGCGGCUCGAAGGGUCGUCCUAAGAAUGCUGCGGCGACAAUGUCGUUGGCGUCACAGCACUCGCUUUCUUUGUCUGCAAUGGAUGCAUACAUGCCAAGCAUGGAUGGCACCGGGAUUUAUCCUGGUAACGCUGUGCCUCUGCAAGCAUUUCCUCCCCCAUCCCCGCCAACGGCGACCAUUGGCAGAGCUGUAUGACACGAGUUCAUUGUUGGGUGUUGAUUCGUUGCUCUGGGUUCGUCAUUUCUUUGCGUUUCUCGCCGCAACGAGAACAGCGGUGGUGGCAUUCAAAUCUGGUAUAUAGUCUUUUCUACAUCGAUUUCAAUUACAAUCAGACCUCUCUCUAUCUCCCAUACAACCUAUUUUGUUCUACGUAAGAUCAAGUUAAAUUUCCUGGUACAAUC